AUGUACAACGGGAAAAAGAAAAAAAACAAUACAUCAAAAAAUACAAAAACAUAAAAGCAAAAAAAUUGUAUUGGAAAAUCAAGAUUCUGGUUAUCUAGAGAAGUCUGCGGUGUUAAAAGUUGAUUCUAAUACGGAAGGUAAUGUUUCGUUACAGGUUGUUGAACCAACGAAAAAGCGUGAUUCUUCCAAAAUGUGUAAAUCUACAACUAAACUUACUUCCUCCAUAAUAUGUGGCAUAAUUUUCGCUUCAUCCGAGACACACAUAAUCAAAUUUCAAUGUAAGAAAUGUCGUAAAUUAAUGUAUGAUAUUGAUAACUUUUCAAAGCAUCUGCAUAAAGUACAUGGUAUUUUAUCUUUGAACGAAUUUUCAUCCGAUUUGAAGUCAAUACUUGAUACUCCAAGUAAGAAAGAAUUGCGUCCAGAUAAGAAUUUGGUUUUUAAGCAAUGUGGAAAAGUUGAGCUGAUCGAUGGCAACAAACUGUGCUUUGCAUGCACUUUAUGCAAUAAAUUCAAUUAUACUGACUUGAACCUAUUACAUAGUCAUCUAAAAGAACGCCACACAUGCUCUGUGACAGAUGGUAGCGAUCUUACUCAUUUACAAAGGGUAGAGGUCAAAGGUGAAGUUUUUAUUAUAAAACAUUUAAAGAAACCAGUAGAUAAAGCGAAGGAAGACAAUUGUACUGAAAUGGAAGUUUCCACCUCCUUACCAACACUAAUCUCAAGUCAAAAUAAAGAUGAAUUGGCUGAAGAUUUUAGUGAAGUUAGUUCUUUACCAAUACCUGCGCCAGAUACUCCACCACCAGAAAGUGAUGAUCUUAUUAAACACAAUGCUACACAUAUACCAGCUGAUCAAAAUGAUAAGUAUAAGACGACCACUCAAAGGAAGAUUAAAAAGCAAACAACCAGAAAAUCAAUAAAUUUGAAACAAAGUGAAACCGCUAUUACGUCUUUAAAGAAAUCUGAAAAAAUUAUUGUGAAAAAACCUAUUUCCAUGAAACCAAUCAAACUAUCCUUAACUGAGUUGUUCAAGCCGACCAAACUUAAAACGAAAUUAGCUGCAACAAUUAAGCCAAAUUUAAAACAAACUACUUUGUUUGAUAUUGUAAGUUUUACUAAAAUGGACACCACUCUUACUAAUAGUACGAAGGAACAAACAAUAGUUAAUAAAAAGCCACCAAAAAAUGUUCUUAUACCGAAAGUAGUUGAGAACACAACUUCACCGUCUGUUGUACCUAAAGACUUAAGGCAACAAUCACAAACUUUAACUGUUGAUGAUAAAAUAAAUGUCUGUAUGUCCUCCGACGUACAUAACGAUUUAAAACAAAAAUCACCAGCUAUUCAUAUUGAUAAUGACAUACCAGUUCCAAAGAAUCUAACGCAAAAACCAUUGGCUUUGUAUGUUGAUAAUGGAAUGAAUAAGUUUACACAACCGGAUCCAAGUAAUAACUUAACCAAACAAGUAUCAGUUAUGGCUGUUAAUAAAAAAAUGAUCGAUUUGUUACCACAUAAAUCUAAGGAGUUAAAGCGAAUACCAACAGCUUUGCCUAUUGAUAACCAAAUGGAUGUGGACUUAAUGAAAAAAAAAUUGGUUGUGCAUGCAGCAAAUAAAGUUGAUAAAUUUAUGUUACCGGUUCCAUCUAAUAUUUUAACGCAACCACGAUCAGUUCUAUCCAGCGAUUUAGAGCAAAAAUCACCGUUUUUGCCUGUUGAUAACAAAGUGGACGUUCAAAACAAUUUAACGCAAAAGUCAUCGGAUUUACAUGCUGAUAAUAAAAUGGAUGUAAUUAUAUUACCAGAUUCAUCUAAUAAUUUAACACAAAAACCAUCAAUUUCGGUUGUUAAUAGUGAUAUUUUAUCACAUUUUACUAAGGAUUUUCAUCAGCAAAAAUCAUCAGCUUUGCCUGUUGAUAAUAAAGUGCAUGUCAAUAUGCAACUUAAUGUUUCAAACAAUUUAAUGCCAAAAUCAAUGGAUAAUCUCAUAUUACCUGAUUCAUCUAACGACUUAACACAAAAAUCACCAGUUUCGUUUCUACCUAAGGACUCAAAACAAAUAUCACCAACUUUACUUGAAGAUAAAAAAAUUCAUUUAACUGUCGAUGACAAAAUAGUUGCCGAUAUGGAAUCUCAUCUUUCGAACAAUAUAAUGCAAAAGCCACCUUCUCCACCAGAAUCAGUUAAAAGUUUUGAACAAAUUCUUUAUGUUAUAACUGAAUUGAAUGAAAACUCUAGUAAAUCGCAAUUAGAUGCAAGCAAUAAGGAAGGUAAAUCAACCAAACAAACUUAUAAGAAAUGCAAUACUAUAGAGCCUCCAACCCAAUUGAUGGAUCAAAAUAAAGAGACCACAAAACCUGAAAAGAGAACCUAUAACAAAAAAGCAAAUGAUAUUCGUUUGACAUGUGAAAUUUGUUCCAGGACAUUUAAGAAAAAUUCUCGCCUAGCCGAACAUAAACGUUUACAUAGUGGCGAGAAACCUUACGCUUGCGAUAUAUGCGGCAAAAGUUUUCGCAUUAAAAGACGACUGCAGGAAACUCUGCAUCGCAUAAAAUCUAACCUUCGUUCACAAACAGAAACUAAAAAUUAA